CCAUGGAUGCCAUGGGCCAUGGAUGCCAUGGAUGCCAUGGACAGAGAGAAGAAGGCCCGUUUGGCCUCAAACAUCCGGGACUUCUGGCUGCCUCCGGUCAUUCCGCGGCGGCGCUUUGAAGAUGUCACCGCUUUGGAGUUUCUGCGAGACUAUGUCUCCAUGUCGCAGCCAGUGGUGCUCACGGAUCUUCCCAGUGCCCAGUGGCCCUGUUUCGACCGCUGGACGGAGCAGUUCCUGCUGUCCACACUGGGCCCGUCCUUGGUCUCGGUCAACGUCACCCCGGACGGCCGCGCCGAUGCCGUGCGCGGCCUCGAGGCCGCGCACGGCGGGCGAUGCUUCGCCAAGCCCUUGGAGGAACGGAUGAGCUUUCAGGAGUUCUGGAAAUCGCUCUCGGGCAGCGACGAGGUGCACUACCUAUCUCGACAGAAUGACUCAUUACGUGAGGAAUUUCCUGCACUGCUGGAGGACGUGCCCGGCAUCCUUCCUUUGGCCAAAGAUGUCUGUGGCAACGAGCCGGAAGCUGUAAACCUCUGGAUAGGGGAUGAUCGGUCAGUCUCUUCCUGUCACAAGGAUCCCUAUGAAAAUUUCUACGUGGUGGUACGGGGCGAGAAGAUCUUCACGUUGCUUCCGCCCGCCAGCGCUCCCUUUCUGCAUGAGUCCCACUUUCCUUCCGCGACGUAUCGGCGGACAACCGACGGGCAGCUAGAAGCAGUGCUGGAUGAGGGAGAUCCAGAUGCGACAUCAUUGCCUUGGAUCCCCUUCGAUGUUUGCGAUGUCCACGUCGCCGAGAGCUUCCCGGACUUCGCGGAGUUUGGCGCCUCGUUGGCCUUGGAUGUCUCAGUGAAGGAACGGGAGCUCCUGUAUUUGCCGGCGAUGUGGUACCACCGCGUUGCGCAGAAAGGAGUGACCAUCGCGGUGAAUUACUGGCACGACAUGCAGAUUGGGCACGCGUAUCUUCAUCAUCAAUUUCUACGAGAUGCGUUUGGAAUGGACACUUUCCCAGAAUCUGAAAGCUGAUUCUGUGGCCCAAGUCAGUUUACAACCGAAAGAGAUAGACAGGGUCUGAAUCGCGCUCCAUUUGGUCCGGGAUGGUCCAGGACAAGAAGCCACUGCUGCGUGUGAUGCCUGUUGCUUCCCAACCAACAAGGAAUGCAGACAGCAGGUACACGAUGGAUCACAUAUUGAUGAAGACCAUGUGCAAAA